GCUCAACACGUAUGGCAACUUUCCAGAAGCAUCUCAGGAGGAGGCUUCUCUCAGCAAUAGGCUCAAGACGUAUGCCAACUUUCCAGAAGCACCUCAGGACGAGGCUUCUCUCAGCAAUAGGCUCAAGACGUAUGCCAACUUUCCAGAAGCACCUCAGGAGGAGGCUUCUCUCAGCAAUAGGCUCAAGACGUAUGCCAACUUUCCAGAAGCACCUCAGGAGGAGGCUUCUCUCAGCAAUAGGCUCAAGACGUAUGACAACUUUCCAGAAGCACCUCAGGAGGAGGCUUCUCUCAGCAAUAGGCUCAAGACGUAUGCCAACUUUCCAGAAGCACCUCAGGAGGAGGCUUCUCUCAGCAAUAGGCUCAACACGUAUGGCAACUUUCCAGAAGCAUCUCAGGAGGAGGCUUCUCUCAGCAAUAGGCUCAAGACGUAUGCCAACUUUCCAGAAGCACCUCAGGACGAGGCUUCUCCCAGCAAUAGGCUCAAGACAUAUGCCAACUUUCCAGAAGCACCUCAGGACGAGGCUUCUCACAGCAAUAGGCUCAAGACGUAUGCCAACUUUCCAGAAGCACCUCAGGAGGAGGCUUCUCUCAGCAAUAGGCUCAAGACGUAUGCCAACUUUCCAGAAGCACCUCAGGAGGAGGCUUCUCUCAGCAAUAGGCUCAAGACGUAUGCCAACUUUCCAGAAGCACCUCAGGAGGAGGCUUCUCUCAGCAAUAGGCUCAAGACAUAUGCCAACUUUCCAGAAGCACCUCAGGACGAGGCUUCUCUCAGCAAUAGGCUCAAGACGUAUGCCAACUUUCCAGAAGCACCUCAGGAGGAGGCUUCUCUCAGCAAUAGGCUCAAGACAUAUGCCACCUUUCCAGAAGCACCUCAGGACGAGGCUUCUCUCAGCAAUAGGCUCAAGACGUAUGCCAACUUUCCAGAAGUACCUCAGGAGGAGGCUUCUCUCAGCAAUAGGCUCAACACGUAUGGCAACUUUCCAGAAGCAUCUCAGGAGGAGGCUUCUCUCAGCAAUAGGCUCAAGACGUAUGCCAACUUUCCAGAAGCACCUCAGGAGGAGGCUUCUCUCAGCAAUAGGCUCAAGACGUAUGCCAACUUUCCAGAAGCACCUCAGGAGGAGGCUUCUCUCAGCAAUAGGCUCAAGACAUAUGCCAACUUUCCAGAAGCACCUCAGGACGAGGCUUCUCUCAGCAAUAGGCUCAAGACGUAUGCCAACUUUCCAGAAGAACCUCAGGAGGAGGCUUCUCUCAGCAAUAGGCUCAAGACGUAUGCCAACUUUCCAGAAGCACCUCAGGAGGAGGCUUCUCUCAGCAAUAGGCUCAAGACGUAUGCCAACUUUCCAGAAGCACCUCAGGAGGAGGCUUCUCUCAGCAAUAGGCUCAAGACGUAUGCCAACUUUCCAGAAGCACCUCAGGAGGAGGCUUCUCUCAGCAAUAGGCUCAAGACGUAUGCCAACUUUCCAGAAGCACCUCAGGAGGAGGCUUCUCUCAGCAAUAGGCUCAAGACGUAUGCCAACUUUCCAGAAGCACCUCAGGAGGAGGCUUCUCUCAGCAAUAGGCUCAAGACGUAUGCCAACUUUCCAGAAGCACCUCAGGAGGAGGCUUCUCUCAGCAAUAGGCUCAAGACGUAUGCCAACUUUCCAGAAGCACCUCAGGAGGAGGCUUCUCUCAGCAAUAGGCUCAAGACGUAUGCCAACUUUCCAGAAGCACCUCAGGAGGAGGCUUCUCUCAGCAAUAGGCUCAAGACGUAUGCCAACUUUCCAGAAGCACCUCAGGAGGAGGCUUCUCUCAGCAAUAGGCUCAAGACGUAUGCCAACUUUCCAGAAGCACCUCAGGAGGAGGCUUCUCUCAGCAAUAGGCUCAAGACGUAUGCCAACUUUCCAGAAGCACCUCAGGAGGAGGCUUCUCUCAGCAAUAGGCUCAAGACGUAUGCCAACUUUCCAGAAGCACCUCAGGAGGAGGCUUCUCUCAGCAAUAGGCUCAAGACGUAUGCCAACUUUCCAGAAGCACCUCAGGAGGAGGCUUCUCUCAGCAAUAGGCUCAAGACGUAUGCCAACUUUCCAGAAGCACCUCAGGAGGAGGCUUCUCUCAGCAAUAGGCUCAAGACGUAUGCCAACUUUCCAGAAGCACCUCAGGACGAGGCUUCUCCCAGCAAUAGGCUCAAGACGUAUGCCAACUUUCCAGAAGCACCUCAGGAGGAGGCUUCUCUCAGCAAUAGGCUCAAGACGUAUGCCAACUUUCCAGAAGCACCUCAGGAGGAGGCUUCUCUCAGCAAUAGGCUCAAGACGUAUGCCAACUUUCCAGAAGCACCUCAGGAGGAGGCUUCUCUCAGCAAUAGGCUCAAGACGUAUGCCAACUUUCCAGAAGCACCUCAGGAGGAGGCUUCUCUCAGCAAUAGGCUCAAGACGUAUGCCAACUUUCCAGAAGCACCUCAGGAGGAGGCUUCUCUCAGCAAUAGGCUCAAGACGUAUGCCAACUUUCCAGAAGCACCUCAGGACGAGGCUUCUCCCAGCAAUAGGCUCAAGACGUAUGCCAACUUUCCAGAAGCACCUCAGGAGGAGGCUUCUCUCAGCAAUAGGCUCAAGACGUAUGCCAACUUUCCAGAAGCACCUCAGGAGGAGGCUUCUCUCAGCAAUAGGCUCAAGACGUAUGCCAACUUUCCAGAAGCACCUCAGGAGGAGGCUUCUCUCAGCAAUAGGCUCAAGACGUAUGCCAACUUUCCAGAAGCACCUCAGGAGGAGGCUUCUCUCAGCAAUAGGCUCAAGACGUAUGCCAACUUUCCAGAAGCACCUCAGGAGGAGGCUUCUCUCAGCAAUAGGCUCAAGACGUAUGCCAACUUUCCAGAAGCACCUCAGGAGGAGGCUUCUCUCAGCAAUAGGCUCAAGACGUAUGCCAACUUUCCAGAAGCACCUCAGGAGGAGGCUUCUCUCAGCAAUAGGCUCAAGACGUAUGCCAACUUUCCAGAAGCACCUCAGGACGAGGCUUCUCCCAGCAAUAGGCUCAAGACGUAUGCCAACUUUCCAGAAGCACCUCAGGAGGAGGCUUCUCUCAGCAAUAGGCUCAAGACGUAUGCCAACUUUCCAGAAGCACCUCAGGAGGAGGCUUCUCUCAGCAAUAGGCUCAAGACGUAUGCCAACUUUCCAGAAGCACCUCAGGAGGAGGCUUCUCUCAGCAAUAGGCUCAAGACGUAUGCCAACUUUCCAGAAGCACCUCAGGAGGAGGCUUCUCUCAGCAAUAGGCUCAAGACGUAUGCCAACUUUCCAGAAGCACCUCAGGAGGAGGCUUCUCUCAGCAAUAGGCUCAAGACGUAUGCCAACUUUCCAGAAGCACCUCAGGACGAGGCUUCUCCCAGCAAUAGGCUCAAGACGUAUGCCAACUUUCCAGAAGCACCUCAGGAGGAGGCUUCUCUCAGCAAUAGGCUCAAGACGUAUGCCAACUUUCCAGAAGCACCUCAGGAGGAGGCUUCUCUCAGCAAUAGGCUCAAGACGUAUGCCAACUUUCCAGAAGCACCUCAGGAGGAGGCUUCUCUCAGCAAUAGGCUCAAGACAUAUGCCAACUUUCCAGAAGCACCUCAGGACGAGGCUUCUCUCAGCAAUAGGCUCAAGACGUAUGCCAACUUUCCAGAAGCACCUCAGGAGGAGGCUUCUCUCAGCAAUAGGCUCAAGACAUAUGCCACCUUUCCAGAAGCACCUCAGGACGAGGCUUCUCUCAGCAAUAGGCUCAAGACUUAUGCCAACUUUCCAGAAGCACCUCAGGAGGAGGCUUCUCUCAGCAAUAGGCUCAAGACGUAUGCCAACUUUCCAGAAGCACCUCAGGAGGAGGCUUCUCUCAGCAAUAGGCUCAAGACGUAUGCCAACUUUCCAGAAGCACCUCAGGAGGAGGCUUCUCUCAGCAAUAGGCUCAAGACAUAUGCCACCUUUCCAGAAGCACCUCAGGACGAGGCUUCUCUCAGCAAUAGGCUCAAGACGUAUGCCAACUUUCCAGAAGCACCUCAGGAGGAGGCUUCUCUCAGCAAUAGGCUCAACACGUAUGGCAACUUUCCAGAAGCAUCUCAGGAGGAGGCUUCUCUCAGCAAUAGGCUCAAGACGUAUGCCAACUUUCCAGAAGCACCUCAGGACGAGGCUUCUCCCAGCAAUAGGCUCAAGACGUAUGCCAACUUUCCAGAAGCACCUCAGGAGGAGGCUUCUCUCAGCAAUAGGCUCAAGACGUAUGCCAACUUUCCAGAAGCACCUCAGGAGGAGGCUUCUCUCAGCAAUAGGCUCAAGACGUAUGCCAACUUUCCAGAAGCACCUCAGGAGGAGGCUUCUCUCAGCAAUAGGCUCAAGACAUAUGCCAACUUUCCAGAAGCACCUCAGGACGAGGCUUCUCUCAGCAAUAGGCUCAAGACGUAUGCCAACUUUCCAGAAGCACCUCAGGAGGAGGCUUCUCUCAGCAAUAGGCUCAAGACGUAUGCCAACUUUCCAGAAGCACCUCAGGAGGAGGCUUCUCUCAGCAAUAGGCUCAAGACGUAUGCCAACUUUCCAGAAGCACCUCAGGAUGAGGCUUCUCUCAGCAAUAGGCUCAAGACGUAUGCCAACUUUCCAGAAGCACCUCAGGAGGAGGCUUCUCUCAGCAAUAGGCUCAAGACAUAUGCCACCUUUCCAGAAGCACCUCAGGACGAGGCUUCUCUCAGCAAUAGGCUCAAGACGUAUGCCAACUUUCCAGAAGCACCUCAGGAGGAGGCUUCUCUCAGCAAUAGGCUCAACACGUAUGGCAACUUUCCAGAAGCAUCUCAGGAGGAGGCUUCUCUCAGCAAUAGGCUCAAGACGUAUGCCACCUUUCCAGAAGCACCUCAGGACGAGGCUUCUCCCAGCAAUAGGCUCAAGACGUAUGCCAACUUUCCAGAAGCACCUCAGGAGGAGGCUUCUCUCAGCAAUAGGCUCAAGACGUAUGCCAACUUUCCAGAAGCACCUCAGGAGGAGGCUUCUCUCAGCAAUAGGCUCAAGACGUAUGCCAACUUUCCAGAAGCACCUCAGGAGGAGGCUUCUCUCAGCAAUAGGCUCAAGACGUAUGCCAACUUUCCAGAAGCACCUCAGGAGGAGGCUUCUCUCAGCAAUAGGCUCAAGACGUAUGCCAACUUUCCAGAAGCAGCUCAGGAGGAGGCUUCUCUCAGCAAUAGGCUCAAGACGUAUGCCAACUUUCCAGAAGCACCUCAGGAGGAGGCUUCUCUCAGCAAUAGGCUCAAGACAUAUGCCAACUUUCCAGAAGCACCUCAGGACGAGGCUUCUCUCAGCAAUAGGCUCAAGACGUAUGCCAACUUUCCAGAAGCACCUCAGGAGGAGGCUUCUCUCAGCAAUAGGCUCAAGACGUAUGCCAACUUUCCAGAAGCACCUCAGGGGGAGGCUUCUCUCAGCAAUAGGCUCAAGACGUAUGCCAAAUUUCCAGAAGCACCUCAGGAGGAGGCUUCUCUCAGCAAUAGGCUCAAGACGUAUGCCAACUUUCCAGAAGCACCUCAGGAGGAGGCUUCUCUCAGCAAUAGGCUCAAAACAUAUGCCAACUUUCCAGAAGCACCUCAGGACGAGGCUUCUCUCAGCAAUAGGCUCAAGACGUAUGCCAACUUUCCAGAAGCACCUCAGGAGGAGGCUUCUCUCAGCAAUAGGCUCAAGACGUAUGCCAACUUUCCAGAAGCACCUCAGGAGGAGGCUUCUCUCAGCAAUAGGCUCAAGACGUAUGCCAACUUUCCAGAAGCACCUCAGGAGGAGGCUUCUCUCAGCAAUAGGCUCAAGACGUAUGCCAACUUUCCAGAAGCACCUCAGGAGGAGGCUUCUCUCAGCAAUAGGCUCAAGACAUAUGCCAACUUUCCAGAAGCACCUCAGGACGAGGCUUCUCUCAGCAAUAGGCUCAAGACGUAUGCCAACUUUCCAGAAGCACCUCAGGAGGAGGCUUCUCUCAGCAAUAGGCUCAAGACGUAUGCCAACUUUCCAGAAGCACCUCAGGAGGAGGCUUCUCUCAGCAAUAGGCUCAAGACGUAUGCCAACUUUCCAGAAGCACCUCAGGACGAGGCUUCUCUCAGCAAUAGGCUCAAGACGUAUGCCAACUUUCCAGAAGCACCUCAGGAGGAGGCUUCUCUCAGCAAUAGGCUCAAGACAUAUGCCACCUUUCCAGAAGCACCUCAGGACGAGGCUUCUCUCAGCAAUAGGCUCAAGACGUAUGCCAACUUUCCAGAAGCACCUCAGGAGGAGGCUUCUCUCAGCAAUAGGCUCAAGACGUAUGCCAACUUUCCAGAAGCACCUCAGGAGGAGGCUUCUCUCAGCAAUAGGCUCAAGACGUAUGCCAACUUUCCAGAAGCACCUCAGGAGGAGGCUUCUCUCAGCAAUAGGCUCAAGACGUAUGCCAACUUUCCAGAAGCACCUCAGGAGGAGGCUUCUCUCAGCAAUAGGCUCAAGACGUAUGCCAACUUUCCAGAAGCACCUCAGGAGGAGGCUUCUCUCAGCAAUAGGCUCAAGACAUAUGCCAACUUUCCAGAAGCACCUCAGGACGAGGCUUCUCUCAGCAAUAGGCUCAAGACGUAUGCCAACUUUCCAGAAGCACCUCAGGAGGAGGCUUCUCUCAGCAAUAGGCUCAAGACGUAUGCCAACUUUCCAGAAGCACCUCAGGAGGAGGCUUCUCUCAGCAAUAGGCUCAAGACAUAUGCCACCUUUCCAGAAGCACCUCAGGACGAGGCUUCUCUCAGCAAUAGGCUCAAGACGUAUGGCAACUUUCCAGAAGCAUCUCAGGAGGAGGCUUCUCUCAGCAAUAGGCUCAAGACGUAUGCCAACUUUCCAGAAGCACCUCAGGAGGAGGCUUCUCUCAGCAAUAGGCUCAAGACGUAUGCCAACUUUCCAGAAGCACCUCAGGAGGAGGCUUCUCUCAGCAAUAGGCUCAAGACGUAUGCCAACUUUCCAGAAGCACCUCAGGAGGAGGCUUCUCUCAGCAAUAGGCUCAAGACAUAUGCCACCUUUCCAGAAGCACCUCAGGACGAGGCUUCUCUCAGCAAUAGGCUCAAGACGUAUGCCAACUUUCCAGAAGCACCUCAGGAGGAGGCUUCUCUCAGCAAUAGGCUCAAGACGUAUGCCAACUUUCCAGAAGCACCUCAGGAGGAGGCUUCUCUCAGCAAUAGGCUCAAGACGUAUGCCAACUUUCCAGAAGCACCUCAGGAGGAGGCUUCUCUCAGCAAUAGGCUCAAGACGUAUGCCAACUUUCCAGAAGCACCUCAGGAGGAGGAUUCUCUCAGCAAUAGGCUCAAGACGUAUGCCAACUUUCCAGAAGCACCUCAGGAGGAGGCUUCUCUCAGCAAUAGGCUCAAGACGUAUGCCAACUUUCCAGAAGCACCUCAGGACGAGGCUUCUCCCAGCAAUAGGCUCAAGACAUUUGCCAACUUUCCAGAAGCACAUCAGGACGAGGCUUCUCUCAGCAAUAGGCUCAAGACGUAUGCCAACUUUCCAGAAGCACCUCAGGAGGAGGCUUCUCUCAGCAAUAGGCUCAAGACGUAUGCCAACUUUCCAGAAGCACCUCAGGAGGAGGCUUCUCUCAGCAAUAGGCUCAAGACGUAUGCCAACUUUCCAGAAGCACCUCAGGGGGAGGCUUCUCUCAGCAAUAGGCUCAAGACAUAUGCCAACUUUCCAGAAGCACCUCAGGACGAGGCUUCUCUCAGCAAUAGGCUCAAGACGUAUGCCAAAUUUCCAGAAGCACCUCAGGAGGAGGCUUCUCUCAGCAAUAGGCUCAAGACGUAUGCCAACUUUCCAGAAGCACCUCAGGAGGAGGCUUCUCUCAGCAAUAGGCUCAAGACAUAUGCCAACUUUCCAGAAGCACCUCAGGACGAGGCUUCUCUCAGCAAUAGGCUCAAAACAUAUGCCAACUUUCCAGAAGCACCUCAGGACGAGGCUUCUCUCAGCAAUAGGCUCAAGACGUAUGCCAACUUUCCAGAAGCACCUCAGGAGGAGGCUUCUCUCAGCAAUAGGCUCAAGACGUAUGCCAACUUUCCAGAAGCACCUCAGGAGGAGGCUUCUCUCAGCAAUAGGCUCAAGACGUAUGCCAACUUUCCAGAAGCACCUCAGGAGGAGGCUUCUCUCAGCAAUAGGCUCAAGACGUAUGCCAACUUUCCAGAAGCACCUCAGGAGGAGGCUUCUCUCAGCAAUAGGCUCAAGACAUAUGCCAACUUUCCAGAAGCACCUCAGGACGAGGCUUCUCUCAGCAAUAGGCUCAAGACGUAUGCCAACUUUCCAGAAGCACCUCAGGACGAGGCUUCUCUCAGCAAUAGGCUCAAGACGUAUGCCAACUUUCCAGAAGCACCUCAGGAGGAGGCUUCUCUCAGCAAUAGGCUCAAGACAUAUGCCACCUUUCCAGAAGCACCUCAGGACGAGGCUUCUCUCAGCAAUAGGCUCAAGACGUAUGCCAACUUUCCAGAAGCACCUCAGGAGGAGGCUUCUCUCAGCAAUAGGCUCAAGACGUAUGCCAACUUUCCAGAAGCACCUCAGGAGGAGGCUUCUCUCAGCAAUAGGCUCAAGACGUAUGCCAACUUUCCAGAAGCACCUCAGGACGAGGCUUCUCUCAGCAAUAGGCUCAAGACGUAUGCCAACUUUCCAGAAGCACCUCAGGAGGAGGCUUCUCUCAGCAAUAGGCUCAAGACGUAUGCCAACUUUCCAGAAGCACCUCAGGAGGAGGCUUCUCUCAGCAAUAGGCUCAAGACAUAUGCCACCUUUCCAGAAGCACCUCAGGACGAGGCUUCUCUCAGCAAUAGGCUCAAGACGUAUGCCAACUUUCCAGAAGCACCUCAGGAGGAGGCUUCUCUCAGCAAUAGGCUCAAGACAUAUGCCACCUUUCCAGAAGCACCUCAGGACGAGGCUUCUCUCAGCAAUAGGCUCAAGACGUAUGCCAACUUUCCAGAAGCACCUCAGGAGGAGGCUUCUCUCAGCAAUAGGCUCAAGACAUAUGCCAACUUUCCAGAAGCACCUCAGGACGAGGCUUCUCUCAGCAAUAGGCUCAAGACGUAUGCCAACUUUCCAGAAGCACCUCAGGACGAGGCUUCUCUCAGCAAUAGGCUCAAGACAUAUGCCACCUUUCCAGAAGCACCUCAGGACGAGGCUUCUCUCAGCAAUAGGCUCAAGACGUAUGCCAACUUUCCAGAAGCACCUCAGGAGGAGGCUUCUCUCAGCAAUAGGCUCAAGACGUAUGCCAACUUUCCAGAAGCACCUCAGGAGGAGGCUUCUCUCAGCAAUAGGCUCAAGACGUAUGCCAACUUUCCAGAAGCACCUCAGGACGAGGCUUCUCUCAGCAAUAGGCUCAAGACGUAUGCCAACUUUCCAGAAGCACCUCAGGAGGAGGCUUCUCUCAGCAAUAGGCUCAAGACAUAUGCCACCUUUCCAGAAGCACCUCAGGACGAGGCUUCUCUCAGCAAUAGGCUCAAGACGUAUGCCAACUUUCCAGAAGCACCUCAGGAGGAGGCUUCUCUCAGCAAUAGGCUCAAGACGUAUGCCAACUUUCCAGAAGCACCUCAGGACGAGGCUUCUCUCAGCAAUAGGCUCAAGACGUAUGCCAACUUUCCAGAAGCACCUCAGGAGGAGGCUUCUCUCAGCAAUAGGCUCAAGACAUAUGCCACCUUUCCAGAAGCACCUCAGGACGAGGCUUCUCUCAGCAAUAGGCUCAAGACGUAUGCCAACUUUCCAGAAGCACCUCAGGAGGAGGCUUCUCUCAGCAAUAGGCUCAAGACGUAUGGCAACUUUCCAGAAGCAUCUCAGGAGGAGGCUUCUCUCAGCAAUAGGCUCAAGACGUAUGCCAACUUUCCAGAAGCACCUCAGGACGAGGCUUCUCCCAGCAAUAGGCUCAAGACGUAUGCCAACUUUCCAGAAGCACCUCAGGAGGAGGCUUCUCUCAGCAAUAGGCUCAAGACAUAUGCCAACUUUCCAGAAGCACCUCAGGACGAGGCUUCUCUCAGCAAUAGGCUCAAGACGUAUGCCAACUUUCCAGAAGCACCUCAGGAGGAGGCUUCUCUCAGCAAUAGGCUCAAGACGUAUGCCAACUUUCCAGAAGCACCUCAGGAGGAGGCUUCUCUCAGCAAUAGGCUCAAGACAUAUGCCAACUUUCCAGAAGCACCUCAGGACGAGGCUUCUCUCAGCAAUAGGCUCAAGACGUAUGCCAACUUUCCAGAAGCACCUCAGGAGGAGGCUUCUCUCAGCAAUAGGCUCAAGACGUAUGCCAACUUUCCAGAAGCACCUCAGGGGGAGGCUUCUCUCAACAAUAGGCUCAAGACGUAUGCCAACUUUCCAGAAGCACCUCAGGAGGAGGCUUCUCUCAGCAAUAGGCUCAAGACAUAUGCCACCUUUCCAGAAGCACCUCAGGACGAGGCUUCUCUCAGCAAUAGGCUCAAGACGUAUGCCAACUUUCCAGAAGCACCUCAGGAGGAGGCUUCUCUCAGCAAUAGGCUCAAGACGUAUGGCAACUUUCCAGAAGCAUCUCAGGAGGAGGCUUCUCUCAGCAAUAGGCUCAAGACGUAUGCCAACUUUCCAGAAGCACCUCAGGACGAGGCUUCUCCCAGCAAUAGGCUCAAGACAUUUGCCAACUUUCCAGAAGCACAUCAGGACGAGGCUUCUCUCAGCAAUAGGCUCAAGACGUAUGCCAACUUUCCAGAAGCACCUCAGGAGGAGGCUUCUCUCAGCAAUAGGCUCAAGACGUAUGCCAACUUUCCAGAAGCACCUCAGGAGGAGGCUUCUCUCAGCAAUAGGCUCAAGACGUAUGCCAACUUUCCAGAAGCACCUCAGGAGGAGGCUUCUCUCAGCAAUAGGCUCAAGACGUAUGCCAACUUUCCAGAAGCACCUCAGGAGGAGGCUUCUCUCAGCAAUAGGCUCAAGACGUAUGCCAACUUUCCAGAAGCACCUCAGGAGGAGGCUUCUCUCAGCAAUAGGCUCAAGACAUAUGCCAACUUUCCAGAAGCACCUCAGGACGAGGCUUCUCUCAGCAAUAGGCUCAAGACGUAUGCCAACUUUCCAGAAGCACCUCAGGAGGAGGCUUCUCUCAGCAAUAGGCUCAAGACAUAUGCCAACUUUCCAGAAGCACCUCAGGACGAGGCUUCUCUCAGCAAUAGGCUCAAGACGUAUGCCAACUUUCCAGAAGCACCUCAGGAGGAGGCUUCUCUCAGCAAUAGGCUCAAGACGUAUGCCAACUUUCCAGAAGCACCUCAGGAGGAGGCUUCUCUCAGCAAUAGGCUCAAGACAUAUGCCACCUUUCCAGAAGCACCUCAGGACGAGGCUUCUCUCAGCAAUAGGCUCAAGACGUAUGCCAACUUUCCAGAAGCACCUCAGGAGGAGGCUUCUCUCAGCAAUAGGCUCAAGACGUAUGGCAACUUUCCAGAAGCAUCUCAGGAGGAGGCUUCUCUCAGCAAUAGGCUCAAGACGUAUGCCAACUUUCCAGAAGCACCUCAGGACGAGGCUUCUCCCAGCAAUAGGCUCAAGACAUUUGCCAACUUUCCAGAAGCACAUCAGGACGAGGCUUCUCUCAGCAAUAGGCUCAAGACGUAUGCCAACUUUCCAGAAGCACCUCAGGAGGAGGCUUCUCUCAGCAAUAGGCUCAAGACGUAUGCCAACUUUCCAGAAGCACCUCAGGGGGAGGCUUCUCUCAGCAAUAGGCUCAAGACGUAUGCCAACUUUCCAGAAGCACCUCAGGAGGAGGCUUCUCUCAGCAAUAGGCUCAAGACGUAUGGCAACUUUCCAGAAGCAUCUCAGGAGGAGGCUUCUCUCAGCAAUAGGCUCAAGACAUAUGCCAACUUUCCAGAAGCACCUCAGGACGAGGCUUCUCUCAGCAAUAGGCUCAAGACGUAUGGCAACUUUCCAGAAGCAUCUCAGGAGGAGGCUUCUCUCAGCAAUAGGCUCAAGACGUAUGCCAACUUUCCAGAAGCACCUCAGGAGGAGGCUUCUCUCAGCAAUAGGCUCAAGACGUAUGCCAACUUUCCAGAAGCACCUCAGGAGGAGGCUUCUCUCAGCAAUAGGCUCAAGACGUAUGGCAACUUUCCAGAAGCAUCUCAGGAGGAGGCUUCUCUCAGCAAUAGGCUCAAGACGUAUGCCAACUUUCCAGAAGCACCUCAGGACGAGGCUUCUCCCAGCAAUAGGCUCAAGACGUAUGCCAACUUUCCAGAAGCACCUCAGGAGGAGGCUUCUCUCAGCAAUAGGCUCAAGACGUAUGCCAACUUUCCAGAAGCACCUCAGGAGGAGGCUUCUCUCAGCAAUAGGCUCAAGACAUAUGCCAACUUUCCAGAAGCACCUCAGGACGAGGCUUCUCUCAGCAAUAGGCUCAAGACGUAUGCCAACUUUCCAGAAGCACCUCAAGAGGAGGCUUCUCUCAGCAAUAGGCUCAAGACGUAUGCCAACUUUACAGAAGCCCCUCAGGAGGAGGCUUCUCUCAGCAAUAGGCUCAAGACGUAUGCCAACUUUCCAGAAGCACCUCAGGAGGAGGCUUCUCUCAGCAAUAGGCUCAAGACGUAUGCCAACUUUCCAGAAGCACCUCAGGAGGAGGCUUCUCUCAGCAAUAGGCUCAAGACGUAUGCCAACUUUCCAGAAGCACCUCAGGAGGAGGCUUCUCUCAGCAAUAGGCUCAAGACGUAUGCCAACUUUCCAGAAGCACCUCAGGAGGAGGCUUCUCUAAGCAAUAGGCUCAAGACGUAUGCCAACUUUCCAGAAGCACCUCAGGAGGAGGCUUCUCUCAGCAAUAGGCUCAAGACGUAUGGCAACUUUCCAGAAGCACCUCAGGAGGAGGCUUCUCUCAGCAAUAGGCUCAAGACAUAUGCCAACUUUCCAGAAGCACCUCAGGAGGAGGCUUCUCUCAGCAAUAGGCUCAAGACAUAUGCCAACUUUCCAGAAACACCUCAGGAGAAGGCUUCUCUCAGCAAUAGGCUCAAGACGUAUGCCAACUUUCCAGAAGCACCUCAGGAGGAGGCUUCUCUCAGCAAUAGGCUCAAGACGUAUGCCAACUUUCCAGAAGCACCUCAAGAGGAGGCUUCUCUCAGCAAUAGGCUCAAGACGUAUGCCAACUUUACAGAAGCCCCUCAGGAGGAGGCUUCUCUCAGCAAUAGGCUCAAGACGUAUGCCAACUUUCCAGAAGCACCUCAGGAGGAGGCUUCUCUCAGCAAUAGGCUCAAGACGUAUGCCAACUUUCCAGAAGCACCUCAGGAGGAGGCUUAUCUCAGCAAUAGGCUCAAGACGUAUGCCAACUUUCCAGAAGCACCUCAGGAGGAGGCUUCUCUCAGCAAUAGGCUCAAGACGUAUGCCACCUUUCCAGAAGCACCUCAGGAGGAGGCUUCUCUCAGCAAUAGGCUCAAGACGUAUGCCAACUUUCCAGAAGCACCUCAGGAGGAGGCUUCUCUAAGCAAUAGGCUCAAGACGUAUGCCAACUUUCCAGAAGCACCUCAGGAGGAGGCUUCUCUCAGCAAUAGGCUCAAGACGUAUGCCAACUUUCCAGAAGCACCUCAGGAGGAGGCUUCUCUCAGCAAUAGGCUCAAGACGUAUGCCAACUUUCCAGAAGCACCUCAGGAGGAGGCUUCUCUCAGCAAUAGGCUCAAGACGUAUGCCAACUUUCCAGAAGCACCUCAGGAGGAGGCUUCUCUCAGCAAUAGGCUCAAGACGUAUGCCAACUUUCCAGAAGCACCUCAGGAGGAGGCUUCUCUCAGCAAUAGGCUCAAGACGUAUGCCAACUUUCCAGAAGCACCUCAGGAGGAGGCUUCUCUCAGCAAUAGGCUCAAGACGUAUGCCAACUUUCCAGAAGCACCUCAGGAGGAGGCUUCUCUCAGCAAUAGGCUCAAGACGUAUGCCAACUUUCCAGAAGCACCUCAGGAGGAGGCUUCUCUCAGCAAUAGGCUCAAGACGUAUGCCAACUUUCCAGAAGCAACUCAGGAGGAGGCUUCUCUCAGCAAUAGGCUCAAGACGUAUGCCAACUUUCCAGAAGCACCUGAGGAGGAGGCUUCUCUCAGCAAUAGGCUCAAGACAUAUGCCAACUUUCCAGAAGCACCUCAGGACGAGGCUUCUCUCAGCAAUAGGCUCAAGACGUAUGCCAACUUUCCAGAAGCACCUCAGGAGGAGGCUUCUCUCAGCAAUAGGCUCAAGACGUAUGCCAACUUUCCAGAAGCAACUCAGGAGGAGGCUUCUCUCAGCAAUAGGCUCAAGACGUAUGCCAACUUUCCAGAAGCACCUGAGGAGGAGGCUUCUCUCAGCAAUAGGCUCAAGACGUAUGCCAACUUUCCAGAAGCAACUCAGGAGGAGGCUUCUCUCAGCAAUAGGCUCAAGACGUAUGCCAACUUUCCAGAAGCACCUGAGGAGGAGGCUUCUCUCAGCAAUAGGCUCAAGACAUAUGCCAACUUUCCAGAAGCACCUCAGGACGAGGCUUCUCUCAGCAAUAGGCUCAAGACGUAUGCCAACUUUCCAGAAGCACCUCAGGAGGAGGCUUCUCUCAGCAAUAGGCUCAAGACGUAUGCCAACUUUCCAGAAGCAACUCAGGAGGAGGCUUCUCUCAGCAAUAGGCUCAAGACGUAUGCCAACUUUCCAGAAGCACCUCAGGAGGAGGCUUCUCUCAGCAAUAGGCUCAAGACGUAUGCCAACUUUCCAGAAGCACCUCAGGAGGAGGCUUCUCUCAGCAAUAGGCUCAAGACGUAUGCCAACUUUCCAAAAGCACCUGAGGAGGAGGCUUCUCUCAGCAAUAGGCUCAAGACAUAUGCCAACUUUCCAGAAGCACCUCAGGACGAGGCUUCUCUCAGCAAUAGGCUCAAGACGUAUGCCAACUUUCCAGAAGCAACUCAGGAGGAGGCUUCUCUCAGCAAUAGGCUCAAGACGUAUGCCAACUUUCCAGAAGCACCUCAGGAGGAGGCUUCUCUCAGCAAUAGGCUCAAGACGUAUGCCAACUUUCCAGAAGCACCUCAGGAGGAGGCUUCUCUCAGCAAUAGGCUCAAGACGUAUGCCAACUUUCCAGAAGCAACUCAGGAGGAGGCUUCUCUCAGCAAUAGGCUCAAGACGUAUGCCAACUUUCCAGAAGCACCUCAGGAGGAGACUUCUCUCAGCAAUAGGCUCAAGACGUAUGCCAACUUUCCAGAAGCACCUCAGGAGGAGGCUUCUCUCAGCAAUAGGCUCAAGACAUAUGCCAACUUUCCAGAAGCACCUCAGGACGAGGCUUUUCUCAGCAAUAGGCUCAAGACGUAUGCCAACUUUCCAGAAGCACCUCAGGAGGAGGCUUCUCUCAGCAAUAGGCUCAAGACGUAUGCCAACUUUCCAGAACCACCUCAGGACGAGGCUUCUCUCAGCAAUAGGCUCAAGACAUAUGCCAACUUUCCAGAAGCACCUCAGGACGAGGCUUUUCUCAGCAAUAGGCUCAAGACGUAUGCCAACUUUCCAGAAGCACCUCAGGAGGAGGCUUCUCUCAGCAAUAGGCUCAAGACAUAUGCCAACUUUCCAGAAGCACCUCAGGAGGAGGCUUUUCUCAGCAAUAGGCUCAAGACGUAUGCCAACUUUCCAGAAGCACCUCAGGAGGAGGCUUCUCUCAGCAAUAGGCUCAAGACGUAUGCCAACUUUCCAGAAGCACCUCAGGAGGAGGCUUCUCUCAGCAAUAGGCUCAAGACGUAUGCCAACUUUCCAGAAGCAACUCAGGAGGAGGCUUCUCUCAGCAAUGGGCUCAAGACGUAUGCCAACUUUCCAGAAGCACCUCAGGAGGAGGCUUCUCUCAGCAAUAGGCUCAAGACGUAUGCCAACUUUCCAGAAGCAACUCAGGAGGAGGCUUCUCUCAGCAAUGGGCUCAAGACGUAUGCCAACUUUCCAGAAGCACCUCAGGAGGAGGCUUCUCUCAGCAAUAGGCUCAAGACGUAUGCCAACUUUCCAGAAGCAACUCAGGAGGAGGCUUCUCUCAGCAAUGGGCUCAAGACGUAUGCCAACUUUCCAGAAGCACCUCAGGAGGAGGCUUCUCUCAGCAAUAGGCUCAAGACGUAUGCCAACUUUCCAGAAGCACCUCAGGAGGAGGCUUCUCUCAGCAAUAGGCUCAAGACGUAUGCCAACUUUCCAGAAGCACCUCAGGAGGAGGCUUCUCUCAGCAAUAGGCUCAAGACGUAUGCCAACUUUCCAGAAGCACCUCAGGAGGAGGCUUCUCUCAGCAAUAGGCUCAAGACGUAUGCCAACUUUCCAGAAGCAACUCAGGAGGAGGCUUCUCUCAGCAAUGGGCUCAAGACGUAUGCCAACUUUCCAGAAGCACCUCAGGAGGAGGCUUCUCUCAGCAAUAGGCUCAAGACGUAUGCCAACUUUCCAGAAGCAACUCAGGAGGAGGCUUCUCUCAGCAAUGGGCUCAAGACGUAUGCCAACUUUCCAGAAGCACCUCAGGAGGAGGCUUCUCUCAGCAAUAGGCUCAAGACGUAUGCCAACUUUCCAGAAGCAACUCAGGAGGAGGCUUCUCUCAGCAAUGGGCUCAAGACGUAUGCCAACUUUCCAGAAGCACCUCAGGAGGAGGCUUCUCUCAGCAAUAGGCUCAAGACGUAUGCCAACUUUCCAGAAGCAACUCAGGAGGAGGCUUCUCUCAGCAAUGGGCUCAAGACGUAUGCCAACUUUCCAGAAGCACCUCAGGAGGAGGCUUCUCUCAGCAAUAGGCUCAAGACGUAUGCCAACUUUCCAGAAGCAACUCAGGAGGAGGCUUCUCUCAGCAAUGGGCUCAAGACGUAUGCCAACUUUCCAGAAGCACCUCAGGAGGAGGCUUCUCUCAGCAAUAGGCUCAAGACGUAUGCCAACUUUCCAGAAGCAACUCAGGAGGAGGCUUCUCUCAGCAAUGGGCUCAAGACGUAUGCCAACUUUCCAGAAGCACCUCAGGAGGAGGCUUCUCUCAGCAAUAGGCUCAAGACGUAUGCCAACUUUCCAGAAGCAACUCAGGAGGAGGCUUCUCUCAGCAAUGGGCUCAAGACGUAUGCCAACUUUCCAGAAGCACCUCAGGAGGAGGCUUCUCUCAGCAAUAGGCUCAAGACGUAUGCCAACUUUCCAGAAGCAACUCAGGAGGAGGCUUCUCUCAGCAAUGGGCUCAAGACGUAUGCCAACUUUCCAGAAGCACCUCAGGAGGAGGCUUCUCUCAGCAAUAGGCUCAAGACGUAUGCCAACUUUCCAGAAGCAACUCAGGAGGAGGCUUCUCUCAGCAAUGGGCUCAAGACGUAUGCCAACUUUCCAGAAGCAACUCAGGAGGAGGCUUCUCUCAGCAAUGGGCUCAAGACAUAUGCCAACUUUCCAGAAGCACCUCAGGAGGAGGCUUCUCUCAGCAAUAGGCUCAAGACCUAUCCCAACUUUCCAGAAGCACCUCAGGAGGAGGCUUCUCUCAGCAAUAGGCUCAAGACGUAUGCCAACUUUCCAGAAGCACCUCAGGAGGAGGCUUCUCUCAGCAAUAGGCUCAAGACGUAUGCCAACUUUCCAGAAGCAACUCAGGAGGAGGCUUCUCUCAGCAAUGGGCUCAAGACGUAUGCCAACUUUCCAGAAGCACCUCAGGAGGAGGCUUCUCUCAGCAAUAGGCUCAAGACGUAUGCCAACUUUCCAGAAGCAACUCAGGAGGAGGCUUCUCUCAGCAAUGGGCUCAAGACGUAUGCCAACUUUCCAGAAGCACCUCAGGAGGAGGCUUCUCUCAGCAAUAGGCUCAAGACGUAUGCCAACUUUCCAGAACCACCUCAGGACGAGGCUUCUCUCAGCAAUAGGCUCAAGACAUAUGCCAACUUUCCAGAAGCACCUCAGGACGAGGCUUUUCUCAGCAAUAGGCUCAAGACGUAUGCCAACUUUCCAGAAGCACCUCAGGAGGAGGCUUCUCUCAGCAAUAGGCUCAAGACAUAUGCCAACUUUCCAGAAGCACCUCAGGAGGAGGCUUUUCUCAGCAAUAGGCUCAAGACGUAUGCCAACUUUCCAGAAGCACCUCAGGAGGAGGCUUCUCUCAGCAAUAGGCUCAAGACGUAUGCCAACUUUCCAGAAGCACCUCAGGAGGAGGCUUCUCUCAGCAAUAGGCUCAAGACGUAUGCCAACUUUCCAGAAGCAACUCAGGAGGAGGCUUCUCUCAGCAAUGGGCUCAAGACGUAUGCCAACUUUCCAGAAGCACCUCAGGAGGAGGCUUCUCUCAGCAAUAGGCUCAAGACGUAUGCCAACUUUCCAGAAGCAACUCAGGAGGAGGCUUCUCUCAGCAAUGGGCUCAAGACGUAUGCCAACUUUCCAGAAGCACCUCAGGAGGAGGCUUCUCUCAGCAAUAGGCUCAAGACGUAUGCCAACUUUCCAGAAGCAACUCAGGAGGAGGCUUCUCUCAGCAAUGGGCUCAAGACGUAUGCCAACUUUCCAGAAGCACCUCAGGAGGAGGCUUCUCUCAGCAAUAGGCUCAAGACGUAUGCCAACUUUCCAGAAGCAACUCAGGAGGAGGCUUCUCUCAGCAAUGGGCUCAAGACGUAUGCCAACUUUCCAGAAGCACCUCAGGAGGAGGCUUCUCUCAGCAAUAGGCUCAAGACGUAUGCCAACUUUCCAGAAGCAACUCAGGAGGAGGCUUCUCUCAGCAAUGGGCUCAAGACGUAUGCCAACUUUCCAGAAGCACCUCAGGAGGAGGCUUCUCUCAGCAAUAGGCUCAAGACGUAUGCCAACUUUCCAGAAGCAACUCAGGAGGAGGCUUCUCUCAGCAAUGGGCUCAAGACGUAUGCCAACUUUCCAGAAGCACCUCAGGAGGAGGCUUCUCUCAGCAAUAGGCUCAAGACGUAUGCCAACUUUCCAGAAGCAACUCAGGAGGAGGCUUCUCUCAGCAAUGGGCUCAAGACGUAUGCCAACUUUCCAGAAGCACCUCAGGAGGAGGCUUCUCUCAGCAAUAGGCUCAAGACGUAUGCCAACUUUCCAGAAGCACCUCAGGAGGAGGCUUCUCUCAGCAAUAGGCUCAAGACGUAUGCCAACUUUCCAGAAGCAACUCAGGAGGAGGCUUCUCUCAGCAAUGGGCUCAAGACGUAUGCCAACUUUCCAGAAGCACCUCAGGAGGAGGCUUCUCUCAGCAAUAGGCUCAAGACGUAUGCCAACUUUCCAGAAGCAACUCAGGAGGAGGCUUCUCUCAGCAAUGGGCUCAAGACGUAUGCCAACUUUCCAGAAGCACCUCAGGAGGAGGCUUCUCUCAGCAAUAGGCUCAAGACGUAUGCCAACUUUCCAGAAGCACCUCAGGAGGAGGCUUCUCUCAGCAAUAGGCUCAAGACGUAUGCCAACUUUCCAGAAGCACCUCAGGAGGAGGCUUCUCUCAGCAAUAGGCUCAAGACGUAUGCCAACUUUCCAGAAGCAACUCAGGAGGAGGCUUCUCUCAGCAAUGGGCUCAAGACGUAUGCCAACUUUCCAGAAGCACCUCAGGAGGAGGCUUCUCUCAGCAAUAGGCUCAAGACGUAUGCCAACUUUCCAGAAGCAACUCAGGAGGAGGCUUCUCUCAGCAAUGGGCUCAAGACGUAUGCCAACUUUCCAGAAGCACCUCAGGAGGAGGCUUCUCUCAGCAAUAGGCUCAAGACGUAUGCCAACUUUCCAGAAGCAACUCAGGAGGAGGCUUCUCUCAGCAAUGGGCUCAAGACGUAUGCCAACUUUCCAGAAGCACCUCAGGAGGAGGCUUCUCUCAGCAAUAGGCUCAAGACGUAUGCCAACUUUCCAGAAGCAACUCAGGAGGAGGCUUCUCUCAGCAAUGGGCUCAAGACGUAUGCCAACUUUCCAGAAGCACCUCAGGAGGAGGCUUCUCUCAGCAAUAGGCUCAAGACGUAUGCCAACUUUCCAGAAGCAACUCAGGAGGAGGCUUCUCUCAGCAAUGGGCUCAAGACGUAUGCCAACUUUCCAGAAGCACCUCAGGAGGAGGCUUCUCUCAGCAAUAGGCUCAAGACGUAUGCCAACUUUCCAGAAGCAACUCAGGAGGAGGCUUCUCUCAGCAAUGGGCUCAAGACGUAUGCCAACUUUCCAGAAGCACCUCAGGAGGAGGCUUCUCUCAGCAAUAGGCUCAAGACGUAUGCCAACUUUCCAGAAGCAACUCAGGAGGAGGCUUCUCUCAGCAAUGGGCUCAAGACGUAUGCCAACUUUCCAGAAGCACCUCAGGAGGAGGCUUCUCUCAGCAAUAGGCUCAAGACGUAUGCCAACUUUCCAGAAGCAACUCAGGAGGAGGCUUCUCUCAGCAAUGGGCUCAAGACGUAUGCCAACUUUCCAGAAGCAACUCAGGAGGAGGCUUCUCUCAGCAAUGGGCUCAAGACGUAUGCCAACUUUCCAGAAGCACCUCAGGAGGAGGCUUCUCUCAGCAAUAGGCUCAAGACGUAUGCCAACUUUCCAGAAGCAACUCAGGAGGAGGCUUCUCUCAGCAAUGGGCUCAAGACGUAUGCCAACUUUCCAGAAGCACCUCAGGAGGAGGCUUCUCUCAGCAAUAGGCUCAAGACGUAUGCCAACUUUCCAGAAGCAACUCAGGAGGAGGCUUCUCUCAGCAAUGGGCUCAAGACAUAUGCCAACUUUCCAGAAGCACCUCAGGAGGAGGCUUCUCUCAGCAAUAGGCUCAAGACCUAUCCCAACUUUCCAGAAGCACCUCAGGAGGAGGCUUCUCUCAGCAAUAGGCUCAAGACGUAUGCCAACUUUCCAGAAGCACCUCAGGAGGAGGCUUCUCUCAGCAAUAGGCUCAAGACGUAUGCCAACUUUCCAGAAGCAACUCAGGAGGAGGCUUCUCUCAGCAAUGGGCUCAAGACGUAUGCCAACUUUCCAGAAGCACCUCAGGAGGAGGCUUCUCUCAGCAAUAGGCUCAAGACGUAUGCCAACUUUCCAGAAGCAACUCAGGAGGAGGCUUCUCUCAGCAAUGGGCUCAAGACGUAUGCCAACUUUCCAGAAGCACCUCAGGAGGAGGCUUCUCUCAGCAAUAGGCUCAAGACGUAUGCCAACUUUCCAGAAGCAACUCAGGAGGAGGCUUCUCUCAGCAAUGGGCUCAAGACGUAUGCCAACUUUCCAGAAGCACCUCAGGAGGAGGCUUCUCUCAGCAAUAGGCUCAAGACGUAUGCCAACUUUCCAGAAGCAAAUCAGGAGGAGGCUUCUCUCAGCAAUGGGCUCAAGACGUAUGCCAACUUUCCAGAAGCACCUCAGGAGGAGGCUUCUCUCAGCAAUAGGCUCAAGACGUAUGCCAACUUUCCAGAAGCAACUCAGGAGGAGGCUUCUCUCAGCAAUGGGCUCAAGACGUAUGCCAACUUUCCAGAAGCACCUCAGGAGGAGGCUUCUCUCAGCAAUAGGCUCAAGACGUAUGCCAACUUUCCAGAAGCAACUCAGGAGGAGGCUUCUCUCAGCAAUGGGCUCAAGACGUAUGCCAACUUUCCAGAAGCACCUCAGGAGGAGGCUUCUCUCAGCAAUAGGCUCAAGACGUAUGCCAACUUUCCAGAAGCAACUCAGGAGGAGGCUUCUCUCAGCAAUGGGCUCAAGACGUAUGCCAACUUUCCAGAAGCACCUCAGGAGGAGGCUUCUCUCAGCAAUAGGCUCAAGACGUAUGCCAACUUUCCAGAAGCAACUCAGGAGGAGGCUUCUCUCAGCAAUGGGCUCAAGACGUAUGCCAACUUUCCAGAAGCACCUCAGGAGGAGGCUUCUCUCAGCAAUAGGCUCAAGACGUAUGCCAACUUUCCAGAAGCAACUCAGGAGGAGGCUUCUCUCAGCAAUGGGCUCAAGACGUAUGCCAACUUUCCAGAAGCACCUCAGGAGGAGGCUUCUCUCAGCAAUAGGCUCAAGACGUAUGCCAACUUUCCAGAAGCAACUCAGGAGGAGGCUUCUCUCAGCAAUGGGCUCAAGACGUAUGCCAACUUUCCAGAAGCACCUCAGGAGGAGGCUUCUCUCAGCAAUAGGCUCAAGACGUAUGCCAACUUUCCAGAAGCAACUCAGGAGGAGGCUUCUCUCAGCAAUGGGCUCAAGACGUAUGCCAACUUUCCAGAAGCACCUCAGGAGGAGGCUUCUCUCAGCAAUAGGCUCAAGACGUAUGCCAACUUUCCAGAAGCAACUCAGGAGGAGGCUUCUCUCAGCAAUGGGCUCAAGACGUAUGCCAACUUUCCAGAAGCACCUCAGGAGGAGGCUUCUCUCAGCAAUAGGCUCAAGACGUAUGCCAACUUUCCAGAAGCAACUCAGGAGGAGGCUUCUCUCAGCAAUGGGCUCAAGACGUAUGCCAACUUUCCAGAAGCACCUCAGGAGGAGGCUUCUCUCAGCAAUAGGCUCAAGACGUAUGCCAACUUUCCAGAAGCAACUCAGGAGGAGGCUUCUCUCAGCAAUGGGCUCAAGACGUAUGCCAACUUUCCAGAAGCACCUCAGGAGGAGGCUUCUCUCAGCAAUAGGCUCAAGACGUAUGCCAACUUUCCAGAAGCAACUCAGGAGGAGGCUUCUCUCAGCAAUGGGCUCAAGACGUAUGCCAACUUUCCAGAAGCACCUCAGGAGGAGGCUUCUCUCAGCAAUAGGCUCAAGACGUAUGCCAACUUUCCAGAAGCAACUCAGGAGGAGGCUUCUCUCAGCAAUGGGCUCAAGACGUAUGCCAACUUUCCAGAAGCACCUCAGGAGGAGGCUUCUCUCAGCAAUAGGCUCAAGACGUAUGCCAACUUUCCAGAAGCAACUCAGGAGGAGGCUUCUCUCAGCAAUGGGCUCAAGACGUAUGCCAACUUUCCAGAAACACCUCAGGAGGAGGCUUCUCUCAGCAAUAGGCUCAAGACGUAUGCCAACUUUCCAGAAGCAACUCAGGAGGAGGCUUCUCUCAGCAAUGGGCUCAAGACGUAUGCCAACUUUCCAGAAGCAACUCAGGAGGAGGCUUCUCUCAGCAAUGGGCUCAAGACGUAUGCCAACUUUCCAGAAGCACCUCAGGAGGAGGCUUCUCUCAGCAAUAGGCUCAAGACGUAUGCCAACUUUCCAGAAGCAACUCAGGAGGAGGCUUCUCUCAGCAAUGGGCUCAAGACGUAUGCCAACUUUCCAGAAGCACCUCAGGAGGAGGCUUCUCUCAGCAAUAGGCUCAAGACGUAUGCCAACUUUCCAGAAGCACCUCAGGAGGAGGCUUCUCUCAGCAAUAGGCUCAAGACGUAUGCCAACUUUCCAGAAGCAACUCAGGAGGAGGCUUCUCUCAGCAAUGGGCUCAAGACGUAUGCCAACUUUCCAGAAGCACCUCAGGAGGAGGCUUCUCUCAGCAAUAGGCUCAAGACGUAUGCCAACUUUCCAGAAGCAACUCAGGAGGAGGCUUCUCUCAGCAAUGGGCUCAAGACGUAUGCCAACUUUCCAGAAACACCUCAGGAGGAGGCUUCUCUCAGCAAUAGGCUCAAGACGUAUGCCAACUUUCCAGAAGCAACUCAGGAGGAGGCUUCUCUCAGCAAUGGGCUCAAGACGUAUGCCAACUUUCCAGAAGCAACUCAGGAGGAGGCUUCUCUCAGCAAUGGGCUCAAGACGUAUGCCAACUUUCCAGAAGCAACUCAGGAGGAGGCUUCUCUCAGCAAUGGGCUCAAGACGUAUGCCAACUUUCCAGAAGCACCUCAGGAGGAGGCUUCUCUCAGCAAUAGGCUCAAGACGUAUGCCAACUUUCCAGAAGCAACUCAGGAGGAGGCUUCUCUCAGCAAUGGGCUCAAGACGUAUGCCAACUUUCCAGAAGCAACUCAGGAGGAGGCUUCUCUCAGCAAUGGGCUCAAGACGUAUGCCAACUUUCCAGAAGCACCUCAGGAGGAGGCUUCUCUCAGCAAUAGGCUCAAGACGUAUGCCAACUUUCCAGAAGCAACUCAGGAGGAGGCUUCUCUCAGCAAUGGGCUCAAGACGUAUGCCAACUUUCCAGAAGCACCUCAGGAGGAGGCUUCUCUCAGCAAUAGGCUCAAGACGUAUGCCAACUUUCCAGAAGCAACUCAGGAGGAGGCUUCUCUCAGCAAUGGGCUCAAGACGUAUGCCAACUUUCCAGAAGCACCUCAGGAGGAGGCUUCUCUCAGCAAUAGGCUCAAGACGUAUGCCAACUUUCCAGAAGCAACUCAGGAGGAGGCUUCUCUCAGCAAUGGGCUCAAGACGUAUGCCAACUUUCCAGAAGCACCUCAGGAGGAGGCUUCUCUCAGCAAUAGGCUCAAGACGUAUGCCAACUUUCCAGAAGCAACUCAGGAGGAGGCUUCUCUCAGCAAUAGGCUCAAGACGUAUGCCAACUUUCCAGAAGCACCUCAGGAGGAGGCUUCUCUCAGCAAUAGGCUCAAGACGUAUGCCAACUUUCCAGAAGCACCUCAGGAGGAGGCUUCUCUCAGCAAUAGGCUCAAGACGUAUGCCAACUUUCCAGAAGCACCUCAGGAGGAGGAUUCUCUCAGCAAUAGGCUCAAGACGUAUGCCAACUUUCCAGAAGCACCUCAGGAGGAGGCUUCUCUCAGCAAUAGGCUCAAGACAUAUGCCAACUUUCCAGAAGCACCUCAGGACGAGGCUUCUCUCAGCAAUAGGCUCAAGACAUAUGCCAACUUUCCAGAAGCACCUCAGGACGAGGCUUCUCUAGGCAAUAGGCUCAAGACGUAUGCCAACUUUCCAGAAGCACCUCAGGAGGAGGCUUCUCUCAGCAAUAGGCUCAAGACGUAUGCCAACUUUCCAGAAGCACCUCAGGAGGAGGAUUCUCUCAGCAAUAGGCUCAAGACGUAUGCCAACUUUCCAGAAGCACCUCAGGAGGAGGCUUCUCUCAGCAAUAGGCUCAAGACAUAUGCCAACUUUCCAGAAGCACCUCAGGACGAGGCUUCUCUCAGCAAUAGGCUCAAGACAUAUGCCAACUUUCCAGAAGCACCUCAGGACGAGGCUUCUCUAGGCAAUAGGCUCAAGACGUAUGCCAACUUUCCAGAAGCACCUCAGGAGGAGGCUUCUCUCAGCAAUAGGCUCAAGACGUAUGCCAACUUUCCAGAAGCACCUCAGGAGGAGGAUUCUCUCAGCAAUAGGCUCAAGACGUAUGCCAACUUUCCAGAAGCACCUCAGGAGGAGGCUUCUCUCAGCAAUAGGCUCAAGACAUAUGCCAACUUUCCAGAAGCACCUCAGGACGAGGCUUCUCUCAGCAAUAGGCUCAAGACAUAUGCCAACUUUCCAGAAGCACCUCAGGACGAGGCUUCUCUAGGCAAUAGGCUCAAGACGUAUGCCAACUUUCCAGAAGCACCUCAGGAGGAGGCUUCUCUCAGCAAUAGGCUCAAGACGUAUGCCAACUUUCCAGAAGCACCUCAGGAGGAGGAUUCUCUCAGCAAUAGGCUCAAGACGUAUGCCAACUUUCCAGAAGCACCUCAGGAGGAGGCUUCUCUCAGCAAUAGGCUCAAGACAUAUGCCAACUUUCCAGAAGCACCUCAGGACGAGGCUUCUCUCAGCAAUAGGCUCAAGACAUAUGCCAACUUUCCAGAAGCACCUCAGGACGAGGCUUCUCUCAGCAAUAGGCUCAAGACGUAUGCCAACUUUCCAGAAGCACCUCAGGAGGAGGCUUCUCUCAGCAAUAGGCUCAAGACGUAUGCCAACUUUCCAGAAGCACCUCAGGAGGAGGAUUCUCUCAGCAAUAGGCUCAAGACGUAUGCCAACUUUCCAGAAGCACCUCAGGAGGAGGCUUCUCUCAGCAAUAGGCUCAAGACAUAUGCCAACUUUCCAGAAGCACCUCAGGACGAGGCUUCUCUCAGCAAUAGGCUCAAGACAUAUGCCAACUUUCCAGAAGCACCUCAGGACGAGGCUUCUCUCAGCAAUAGGCUCAAGACGUAUGGCAACUUUCCAGAAGCACCUCAGGAGGAGGCUUCUCUCAGCAAUAGGCUCAAGACGUAUGCCAACUUUCCAGAAGCACCUCAGGAGGAGGCUUCUCUCAGCAAUAGGCUCAAGACGUAUGCCAACUUUCCAGAACCACCUCAGGACGAGGCUUCUCUCAGCAAUAGGCUCAAGACGUAUGCCAACUUUCCAGAAGCACCUCAGGAGGAGGCUUCUCUCAGCAAUAGGUAUGUGGAGGGACCCCGAGUUUGCUGCCUCAAGGGAAUAUACAGCGAGAAGCCCUAA